AUGCCAUCAACCGAGUCUCAAGGAGACGGCUUCGUCCUCCUCCCCGUCAAGAUUCCCGCUCUUCCGUCUUGUCCCGUCAACGCCGUACACGAAAUCCGCGUUCGACGAAACGCGCCCAAGAUCCCUACCGAGAUCGACGAUCGAAGCCUGUUCUUGAAGAAUGUACCAGUAGACAGCACCGAGGCCCAUUUUCGCCAAGUGUUUGCCGCUCUCGUCGGACCCGGCCGCUUCGAGGGCAUCGCAUUCGAAGAUGAGCGAAAAGCCGCGACCGCCAUUGACCCAGCCCAGGCCGUGAAAGUCUCGAACUUUGGCAAGAAGCGCAAGCGCGGCGAGCAGGAAGCGGAGGAAAGAGCGAAGGAGGAAGAAGUGGCACGGCUGCCGGAUAUUUGGACGAGGAGGCUUCGAAAGAGCGGCAGCAGCGCCAUCGUUCUUCUGGCCGAUGACAAGAGUGUCGAGCUCGUGUUGAAGGCGAUCAAGAAGGCGAACAAGUCGAAGAAGUACCCCGUCUGGGGUGAGGGUGUGUCGAAAGACCUAUCUGAACUCGGAUCGCAAUGGAUCUCGACCCAUCUGCAACUCUCUCGCUGCGACAAGGUGGCGACGCAGAAGUCAGUUCACGCAUUCUUUAACGUCUUCAACCGCAAGGAGAAGGAGGCACAGGAAAUGGCCAAGAGGUUACGCAACGAGCCGGACGAAGACGGCUUCGUUACUGUUACGCGCGGUGGUCGUGCUGCUCCGGCGAGCAAGAACGAGGCCGAGGAGGCUCGCCAGAAGAUGGUGGACAAGGCAGCCAAGAAGAAGUCAGAGACAACCGACUUCUACCGCUUCCAAAUGCGCGAGCGUCGCAAGGCGGAGCAGGCUGCCUUGAUGCAGAGAUUCGACGAGGACCGAAAGAAGGUUGACGCUAUGAGGGAGAAGCGCGGCAAGUUCAGGCCCGAGACAUGA